CGACGAUGCUGCGCUGCGGCCUGGCCUGCGAGCGCUGCCGGUGGAUUCUGCCGCUGCUGCUGCUCAGCGCCAUCGCCUUCGACAUCAUCGCGCUGGCCGGCCGCGGCUGGCUGCAGUCGAACACCCACAUCCAGACGUCCUCGCUGUGGUGGCGAUGCUUCGAGGAGGGCGGCGGCAGCGGCUCCUACGACCAGGGCUGCCAGAGCCUCAUGGAGUACGCGUGGGGAAGAGCAGCGGCUGCCACACUCUUCUGUGGCUUCAUCAUCCUGUGCAUCUGCUUCAUCCUCUCCUUCUUUGCCCUCUGUGGACCUCAAAUGCUCGUCUUCCUGAGGGUGAUUGGAGGCCUCCUGGCCCUGGCUGCUGUGUUUCAGAUCAUUUCCCUGGUCAUCUACCCCGUGAAGUACACCCAAACCUUCAGCCUUCACGCCAACCCUUCCGUGCUUUACAUCUAUAAUUGGGCCUAUGGCUUUGGGUGGGCGGCCACGAUCAUUCUGAUUGGUUGUUCCUUUUUCUUCUGCUGUCUCCCCAACUAUGAGGAUGACCUGCUGGGCAAUGCCAAGCCCAGGUACUUCUACACCUCUGCCUGAUGUGGAAGCCGAGCUGCGCAUGCCCUGCUGGAGAUCAGGGUCCGGAGUGGAACGUCUCAGGCCCUGUGGAACCUAGGCUUUGGCAGUGCUCUAGUCAAAAGGCUAAAAGAAUCUGGGAGAAAAUAUUUCUUAAAUAGUGUUAUAGCUCCAAAUCCAUCUUUUAUAUCUAUUUUUGUGGAGUUAAAAGACUUUUUUUUUGGCGAGUUCUUUAUAAUAUGCCAAUCUUUCCUUAUGUUUAAACUAUAGCCUUUAUAAUGCAUUUGUCAAAGAAUAUGGACAUGUAACAUAAUAAGAAACAAGAGGGUUUCCAAAAUUGAAUAGAUUGGACUGUUUGUAUUAAGGGUUAUGGAAAGACAGUGACCAAACAUCCCAAAAUUAAUUAAUGUAGAACAUAAAAUAAUAUGUUUUCAAGUCUUCAGCUAUAUGAAGAAGCAAAAUUGCUCCCUAAAUACCGUUUAUGAGAAUUUCAAAUUCCUAGUGGGAAGUUGCUUUUUUUUGCGCUAAGCUGACAUGGCUAUGGCACAGAAUUUCUUUCCAUGGCCGUAGGGGAUUGCAGUGGUAAGGUCUCUUACAGUGGUGAAAUGCUAAGAUAAAAUGGUCUCUUUUUAAGUAGCUUCUAGGUUCCGGUGUGGGGAAAUGCUGUAUUAACAAAUCUGUACUAUUUGUGUCUGUGUGUUCAGGACCAGUGUAGACUGGGAAGAUGGAUGGGUGGGUGUGAGGAUGCCAUCUAGUCAAGCGUUAGGAAAAUCAUUACGAUCACAAAAGUGAUAGUACAGCUGAAGAAAACAAUUGCUUGAAGCCUUUAGCUCAGGCAUAACCAGGCUCCAGUCAUUAUAGACACAGCUCUGACACAGAAACCUAAACAGAGUUCAAAACCUGGUCUGCCCUGUUAUACUGAAAGCAGACUGAAAGUAUCUGCCCUAAGACACAUAAUAGAACAGUACAGGGAAUCGUAGUGUCUCUGAAUAUGUAUUGGAUGGGUUAUUAUUAUUUUUUUUACCAUUUAUACUGACAUAAUGAAAACCAAUUGUUUUCAUAUAUCAAAUGAUUAUUUUGUAAGUUGCAGCAUAAGCAAUUGUAGUUUUCAUUAUGUGGAUUUUUUUUUUCGCCCAAUAAACUAAGUAUUCAAA